AUGGUGUUAAUACUUUCACGUAUUUAUACAUUAUUACAACGACCAAAUAAAAAUACAAAUUCAUUAAAUAAUGAACAUGUUAAUAAAGAACAAACAAUAAUUGAUAGUUCAUCAAUAAUAUCAUCAUCAGAUAAUAUUCUUAUUGAACUUGUUGAAGAAUUAUAUGCACAUACAAAACAAUCAUCAACAUUACCAUAUGAAGCUUUACUUUUAUUACGUCCUUUAUCAUUAUUACUUGCACACAUUAGUUUUUUUUUUCGUGCUUUAAUUAAUGCACGUUAUUCAGCUAAAGUUAAUGAAUGGACUUUAUUAUCAAUGACAAAUAUUGCACAAAGAAAAAUCACUAUGUUUUUAUUGAUGUUAUCACGUUUCAGUGUUCGUUUCGAAGAAUCAGACAAUCGUUUAUUUCUUAUUGCUGAUCGAAACUAG